AUGGAGAUGUGGAUUCACAAUGCGAGGAUUGAAGGGCUGGGGCUCUGGCUGUCUGGGGCCUUAAAGAUCCAAGUCAACCUGGCUUCUCUGGAUCAACUCAACCUGCAGCUGUCUUCCUGUGGACUCUCACUGCACAAAGACCCUGACAACAACUUUAUUUUUAGAGUCAGCUACACUGGAUGUUUGGUCCAGCAACAGCAUGGCCAUCAUGUCCUGACACUGAAUUUGGUGAAGAGGAUAAACAGAUUUGGAGGCAGACCUCACAGUGUGAUGAUGAAGUGUCCGCUGGUUUCUGUGCUGCCCAGCAGAGAGAAGAUCCAGUGUGACCCGGAGUACAUCCAGGUGACCAGACAAGUUGCCUAUGACAACUGGGACAAUGAGCUGCAGUGGUCUCUUUCUCUGAGCGAUCAGCUGAUCGUGGCUCUGGAGGACGCCAGCCUGAUCCAGAUGAACAUCGACAGGAGAGGCUCAGACAUCACAGUCCAGGGCAGGAGGGGGGAGGUUCUGAGCCCUGUCACAGUGAUGGAAGAUGAGGGGGACUUCUUGGCCUUGAAGCUGGUCAGUGGUCAGUACGCCUACAGUAUGGAAGCUACAUGCCCAAAAGUGAACACAUCCACCGCAGAGGAGACUGUGCUGCACAUUUUCAAACGGCGUAUGGGUCUAACCAAGCGAGGCAGCCGGGACAACGAAGCUCUGACUGUCAGUGACGUGUGGGUGAACCAGACGGAUAACUUCACCUUGCACGAGACGAGUGCAUUUGUGACACUGAUUAUUCCUACAGCCCAAAUACUCCAGACCAAGACCUGUGCAGACAGCAAGCGCCUCCUGCAGCCGUUCUACCGGGUGGAUGUUGUGCUCACCUUCAAAGAGACACAUCACAAAAUGCAGUGGAGCAUGGAGAACACCCUGCCAUGCACAGCCAGGCCAGCUGCAUCACACAGGACCCCCCCUCCUCCUGGUCCCAACACCACAGCCCGCUCCACUCUGAACUUUAAACCCCAGAGUUCAGCUACAGAACAGACGCUGUUGGACCGCUUAAACGUGAGAGCUCCAUACAAAGAAACAACAUCAACGUUUUCCACAACUAUUUCACCUCGCACACAGACUGAGGACAGCAGCUCUCAUUCCCACACUGAUGAUCUGUCAAAGAGUCAAAGUGGAAAUGUGUCUUCUUGGUUUGACGGAGACACCAAUUCAACUGAAAUAAGCUUUUUUGAUUUUCUAAAUGUGACCAUACGUACUUCAGGAGAUUCAGAUUUCCUUCAGUCAUCAGCUGAACCAUCAGAAACAUCUGUCCUCCAAACAGCUGCACCUGAACCAGGAUACCAACAAUUCAACACAACACGAGGGAAUAAAGAAAAGCAGAGAAGACUGAAGUGGAUCUGGGAAGACUAGAAAACGGACAGAAACAGCACUAUCCAUUUGACCUAAUCUCUAUAAUCUAAAGAAAUCAACCUUUUCCAAUAUCCCAUGAUACAACCUGCAUUUAAUUUUAGGUGUAAGCUUGGCAAACAACAUUUGAAUCACCAAAGUAAAAGACUGAUGUAUUUAAAUUCAAACACAAUGUUUCCAUUACUUAAAACUCCAUAUGUUUUUUUACAUUUAAUUUCGUUGGUCUUGUUUUUACAAGUGCCAACACACUACAGUUACAGUUUCAUCGCAGUGACAACUUUUGCUUUUAUGCAUUUUGACUCUCAUUGUCAUUGGUGCUUUGUGUCUGUUUGCAGUCUUGAAAGGUGACGCUGUGGUCAGUCAGCGCUGUGAAGGUUGAUUAUACAAACAGAAAUACAUCCAGGCCCCUGCCAGCCGCUGCCUGAGGGGGGAUAUUAUCCAGACGCAGACAAGGCAGGCGUUAAAUAAACAUGUCUCUACCCGAGCAGCACAACAGGCUGACGUAGAGAAGACCCUGCAGCCUGCCACCAUCCAGAGAAGAGGCUCGUAAUAAAGACUUUAUAUUUAACAGACACUUUAAACUGAUUUUCAGAGACUUUAUGUAUCGACACAUUACAAAAUGGACACCUUUUAAUUUUGUUUUUCUCUUCUGAUAAAAAUUAAUUAAUACAUUUUCUGACCAAAAUCAGCUGUGAUGUUGCUAAAUGUGUCUUUGCUGCAGUACACUGAACCAACAGGAGAGGGCACUGUUGCAUGUGUUUUCAGAAAACCUCGCAAGGCCAGCAGCCUGCCUGAAGAGGCUCAUUUUAACAUUAACACAUUUUACUUCAAUUUAUUUUCAUUUUUUUAGUUACUAUAUGUCUUAAUUGACAGAUGAGCUGUAUGUAAGUCAUGACCACUGAAAAUAGCAACAUCUAGAUGAAAGAAGAUUUUAUAUUAUUUUGAAGUCAUCUUUGCCAAUG